GCUAUGAAUUAUUAUAAGCUAACAAGUUUCAACUUUUACAAGUGCGAAUUAGUGUAUUAAUAAAAUCUCAUGAUGCUUGAAAACUUUAAAGAAAUGAGUAACUUAAACGCUAGUCGAUUAGUAUUAAAUAUGGUCCAAGAAGUAAAUCAAAAUUUUUUAUCUCAGUUUUUUAUUUUUAUUUAAGGUUAUACCGCGAAUUUGUUCGUUUUUUCCUUUUGUUAUUGUUGUUAUUCUUCAUUAUCGAAAACUUCGACUAUCUGACUACCGUAAUUCGUACUUCGUAGGCUYAUAGCAAUAAUAAUUAUUGACAUUUUUUGUCCGUGUCAGUUGGUCAGUUGUCGAUCCCUCGUUUAUUAACCAUCAUCGGAUUACAUAGUGUUUUUAGUUUAAUUUAUUUGUUAUUGUGUUUUACUGUAAUUAGUAUUAUUGUAACCAAAACCGUAUACCGUACAGAUUUUAAAUUAUUAACUCCAUAAUUUGGAUAGUUUUUCAUAUUUUCAUGAUCAGAUGCGAUUGAACGAUGCUGUUAUUGAAUAUCAUCCAUCGAAAUAAAGACGAGUGCUUCCUAUUAAUACUGGCACUUUUGCUUUAUUACGUGAUGAUAUUUUUAGAAGAAACUGAGAAACUUCGUUAAGGAGCCAAGUCACUAACGCUUCUGACCUUCAGCCUCAACUGCAUUUGAUAUUAUGUAUCUAGAGUGGUCUAUUUGUGAAAGAAUGUCAAUCUAAAAUAUAAUUUUUUAGAUCCGUUUAGUGGAGCACAUAUUCAAAAUAUUGAACGUUUAUGGAAAUCGGCUAGAGAGCAGGAUAAACAACACUUGGGAAUUCAUCGGUCUAUGUUUUCUUCAUAGGUGAAUUUCUAUGUCAUCAAACAAACAUAAGAUUUCUACAUUAAUUAUUCUAAGAUGUUUGUUGAAGAUUUAGUCAAAGGAUUUUAUGACAUUAUUUCAAAAAACAAAAUUUUGAUUUUGGUUAACUAUGAUGUGGAUGCAAUUUGUGCUGUGAAAAUACUUCAGUGCAUAUUACGUUUUGACAACAUAGUUUAUGUACUUGUACCAGUAAAAACUGUUACAGAGUUAAAAAAAGCUUUUGAAGAACAAAAAGUUGAUGUAAAAUAUGUUGUGUUAAUCAACUGUGGUGGUACUUUAGAUAUAAUAGAAAUAUUAGAACCAGAGGAAAAUAUUACGUUUUUUGUUGUUGACAGUCAUAGACCUACAGAUAUAUGCAACAUUUAUAGUAGUUCUCAGGUUAGAGUUCUAACUCCUCCUGAUGAUGAAGAAAAAAUUCCUGAUUUUGAAGACAUUUUUAACGAGAAUGAAUCAUCAGACGAAGAUAUCGAUACUGAUGACCUGGAUGAAGAAGAAUCUGAUAUUGUUAAUGUAAAUAGCGUUGAAGAACAACAAAACAAAAGAAGAAAACUUGAUCAAAGCACACUAGUUAAAAGAAGGGAAAGAAGAAGGUGGGAAGAAAAUAGAAAAAAAUUGUUAUUCGAUUAUACUCAAUUUUCGUAUUAUGGGCGUUCGGCUGCAAUGUUAAUGUUUGAUCUUGCUUGGAAAUUACACAGAGAAUCUGUUGAUUUAUUGUGGUGGGGAAUUGUUGGUGUGACUGAACAAUACAUUUUGGGCAAGAUAGAACGUAUGCGUUAUCUUAGAGAAGUAGAAUUAAUAGCUGGGCACAUUGGUCGUAUUUGUGAUUCCACAGUUAUUAAUGACGAUGAAGAUAAUAUGUCACAGUCUUCAAUGCCUAAAACCUCAAACACUUCUACACAUCUUCGAAUUGAAUCCGAAAAAGAUCUACUAUUGGCUUUAUACAGACAUUGGACAAUUGAAUGCAGUCUUCGAUAUUCAAUGUUUACAGCAGUAUCUUUGAAACUUUGGACUAUUAAAGGCGAAAAAAGACUGAAACAAAUAUUAGCAGAAAUGGGGUUACCUUUAGCUGAAAGCCGUCAAAUGUACCAUUCAAUGGAUUUGAGUUUACGUAAACAAUUUUAUGGUAUGAUGGAAAAAAUUUCCAAUACCCAUAAUUUAUUGCAAAUGACUUAUCCUUCGUUUAUGCUACAUCAAGGAUUUAAAACGAGAUAUCAAUGUGCUGACUAUGUUUAUUCAAUGGUAGCUACAUUAGAAACCAAUUCUCGUGAAACUUCACCUACACAGUGUUUUUAUAAUACAAUGGAUUCGUUGUCUAGAUCGAAAAAAGAUUUUUUAGAUCAAGGAAUAGAAAAAGCCAAGUGGAUUUUGUCCAACAUGUUUAGGCAUGUCCAAGCAGCAUUGGAUAUGAGACAAGUUAUUUUGGCUGGACCAUUUUACUAUUUAAUUGUACAAGAGGGUACAUUGCAUUCUCAGCACUAUUCCAAUCCUCACUGCUUAAUUAUGUUAGCAUCAUUUGCUUUAAGAGCUCAAGUAGCAUCAUCACGAAAAAUCAAAGCUACUCGUUUGCCAUUAAUUGCUUCAGCAACUCUUGAUUCAGAUCAAGAUACUUGCUUAGUAGUUGGUAUCCCUCCUAUCAGCGAGUCAAUGCCUAGAAGUUUUUUUGGAAAAGCAUUUGAACAAGUUUCCAACAAAACGAAUAUUGAAGUUUCAUUGGAUUACUUUGAUUCGUCUAUUGCAAAAAUGCAAAUUAAAGAUCGACCAAAGUUUUUUGAUGCCCUGACAUCAUUACUUAGUUGA